CUAACUUGGGCUAGCUGAGAUCGUGAAUAACAGAUUUCACACGCGUGUGUACAAUUUUGCGGAAGUGUCUGUUUGGGCACAUUGCUUCCAAGUCAUGUUUGCUGAGACAAAGAUGUCAUUUUUAUUUUGUUUCAUUUCAAAGUUUUAGUUGACUGAGGAAGCGUGUUGUUUUUAUUGUUAUAUAACAUGUAACUACCAAACUUGCUGCAUUUUAUUUUCAUUAGCCAGCCACUGCAGCCAUCAAACGGCGUGUAAAUAAAUUAGCCUAGUCGUUCCAUAUUCACUGUUGACCUGUUGAAUGCAGCUUGCAGUCUACUAAUAUACACUUUUAUUUAAACUGUGCCGUGAAACUCAGCCGAGGUGUUAUGUAUUCCGAUAGUAGCGAGUUGGAUAAUGAAUGUAACAAGAAAAUAUCAAACUAGAUAUGUCGGCUUAGUUACCCCUAAUGCGCUAAGAGCCGUGAACAUGUCUGUCUCCAUGUGUAACGUUAGCUGGCUAACUUACCCAGCUAGCUACUUAGACUAUACAAAAUGGAAGCGUUCGUUUUCAAGCAUGCGGAAACUGCUAAUUUUUAUUCUAAAAAAAAAAUAAUUCUACUUAAAAGUAUAUUCGGUCGUAGUUCAAGUUAUUUUGCUUCUAUAUCAACUUGUUUGUAUCUAUUUUAGCUUUUGUUUUUAACUGCACAUCGACCGUGUGAAACAGUCUAAUUCGUCAGUAUUUCGAUAUUUACUAAAACUAAAUAUCAGUGUCAGUAUUGGUGGAAGAAAUAGCUGACGCCUGAAGUUUGACCGACUCGAAGCAGCGGGUUCGCCUUCCCGGACUGGGCCUACAAGCCCGAGUCCAGCCCCGGCUCGCGGCAGAUCCAGCUGUGGCACUUCAUCCUGGAGCUGCUGCGGAAGGAGGAGUACCACGACGUCAUCGCCUGGCAGGGCGACUACGGCGAGUUCGUCAUCAAGGACCCCGACGAGGUGGCAAGACUGUGGGGCGCGCGCAAGUGCAAGCCCCAGAUGAACUACGACAAGCUGAGCCGGGCCCUCAGGUAUUACUACAACAAGAGGAUCCUCCACAAGACUAAAGGGAAGAGGUUCACCUACAAAUUCAACUUCAACAAGCUGGUCCUGGUGAACUACCCUUUCAUAGACAUGGGGUCCUCAGGUAGUGGAGUGCCUCAGAGCGCCCCCCCGGUGCCCACGGGGGCGGGGACUCAUUUCCGGUUCCCGCCCUCCACGCCGUCGGACGUGCUGUCGCCGAACGAGGACCUGCGCAGCCCGGGCGUGUUCAGCGCCGUGGCGCGCCGCAUGGCCCGCGGCUCCGUCAGCGACUGCAGCGACGGCACGUCCGUCAACUCCGAGAUCGAGGAGGGCGGGGGCGGGGCCGGGGAGGAGCGGGGCGGCGAGCGGGCGCUGGGCGGGGGCGGCGGCGGCGGGGGAGGGGGCGGCGGCCCCAGCGGGGGAGGCGGAGGCUUCCGGAGCAUCCUGCACCCCCGCCUGUCGCACGACUCCCUGUUCCGCAUGUACGGGGCGCCCCCCAACGCGGGCCACCCCCCUCCCCGGGGGCCGCCCGGCCACAGGGUCCACGGCGACCCCCUCUCCCCCUUCCCCGUCUCCCCCCUGCCCGGGCCCGGGGGGGCGGGGCUGCUGGCACCUCCCCUCUCCCCGGCCCUCUCCAUGACGCCCUCGUCCCACCUGCCCUACACGCCCUCCCCCACGCUCUCCCCCAUGCUGGGCUCCCACUUCUCCUUCAACCCCGAGGACAUGAAGCGCUACCUGCAGGCCCACACCCAGAGCGUGUACAACUACCACCUGAGCCCCCGCGCCUUCCUGCACUACCCCAACAUCAUCAUCCCCCAGCCGCAGCGCCCCGACAAGGGCCUGGGCCCCGCCCCCUCCGCCGCCGACCGCCCCGCCCUCAACAGCCACCACCCGGGCCUGUCCCACGCCCACCCGCCGCACGGCCACGCCCACCCCCUGCACCACGCCCUGCACCUGGGCGACGAGCCGCCCCACCUCUCGCCCUUCAAGUUCAAGCUGCAGCCGCCGCCGCUGGGGCGCAAGCAGCAGCGCGAGGGCCAGCAGGGCCGGCCCGGCUCCCUCAGCUCCGGCUCCAGCAGCUCCACCUCCGGCCUGGGCUCCUCCAUGUCCUUCGGCAGCGACCUCAGCUCCGCCAGCGGCUCCGGCCUCGUCUCCAACUCCUCCUCCUCCGGCUCGCUCAACAGCGCCGGCCUGCCCAAGAUCAAGGUGGAGCCCAUCUCCGACAUCGAGUCGGAGGAGGAGGUGGAGGUGACGGACAUCAGCGACGAGGACGGGGACGAGCGCGAGGAGCUGGAGCUCUUCUCCGCCCGGCACCGGCGGGACCGGCAGCUCAACGGCGGCGGGGCGGCGGCGGCGGCUACCGCGGGCGGCGGCGACGACGACCUGGACGAGGACGUGUUCAAAGCGCCCGCCCCCCCGCCGCCGGGCCUGCUGCCCUUCUUCGGCGGCCCCGUCGGCGAGCUGCGCCGCGGGCCCCCGGUCCUCAAGAGCGAGCCGGGGGAGCCCGGCGAGGGCGGCCCCGCGGCCGGCCCCCCCCCGCCGCCCGCCAGCCCCGGCGGCACCAAGUGCAUCCCGCUGAAGCUGCGCUUCAAGCGGCGCUGGAGCGAGGACCAGCGCAUGGAGGCCAGCUCCGAGGAGUCCGACGACAAGAAGGUGCGCGCCGAGGAGCGCCAGGCCCAGCGCAACGGCCGGCCGGAGGAGAACGGCGAGGGCGAGAGCCCGCCCCCGCACCCGGACUGCCCGCCCCCGCCCGCCCACCGCAGGGUGAGCGCCGACCUGCACCGGGCCACCGCCCAGCUAUCCCUGGAGAACAAGGACUGCUGAUCUCUGCACACACACAGGAACACACACUUAUACAUAUAUAUAUAUACACACACACAGGAACACACAUAUACCUAUACACACACACAAUAACACAUACAUAUAUACAAACAAAUACACGCACAUGUACACAUGCACACAUACAUAUACAUACACAGACACAUACACAUGCACACACAUGCAUGUGUACACACAUGCACACACACUGUCACACGCACGCGCACACACACACACACUGACACCCUCGCACUAACCCACGUUAGACUGACACUAAUGCUGACAGACAGACACAGGAACUAGAAGAGUACUAAUUUACACACAGUCAGGCAUAUGCUCUAACACUGACAGCACCAACUCCCCGCCCAGCUCCGCUCAACAGGGGACUCCCACAGCGGCCUGCACACCUCCUGCUGCGCCCCGCCCAAAACCAUCCCCCCCCCCCGCUCCGCACCGGAUGGGACCCCGCUUCUCCGGCUGCUCCCCGCGCCCCCGCAGUCGGGUCGAGAACCCGCAAACCUGGACAGUCCUUAAGUUUGGAGCAAGGUUCUGAGGUCAACAGUGUUCUAUUCGCCCCGGUCUACACUCGCCUUCUCCCGCCCCUUAACAGAGAAAUAUUCCUCCCCCUCCCCCCCACCCACCCCCGCUGAGCCUCGUUUCAGUAAACCCGGGGUGAAAGGGUGGGGGAAGGAUAUGCUAUUUUUUUAAAGAAAUUUCGAUUUCGUAAGUGCCUGUUCUUACACACGGAGGUAUAGCACAUGGACCCGCAGAGGCUGCCUCUGCCCCCCCCCCCACAUGACCCCGUAUGCGGAGGCCCAAACAGCCACUACCCUUUUCCUUCCCAAAUCAGAGGCUCUCACAUCCUGCAGCAUCGAUUUCCCCAGGAAGUAGAAAACAGGAGAUUUGCAGGUGGUGGGAGGGAUCAGGGGAGGGGCCAGACAGAAAGACUGCAUACGCCCCUCCCCCCCCACUGCCACUCAGGACUGCUCCUUAACCGGGCUCUGUGCAGCGCACGUCAAUCUCCCGCUCUGCCCCGCCCUGCCCGCCCUGGACCGCCAUGCCCCGCCCUGCCCCGCCCUCACACGCUGUCCACACAGGACCGAUCCACAGGCCACAGGCCCGCUGUUUCCUCUCCGGGCGUUCGGAACUUAACGGGGUCUGUGACUGAAAGACGCCGGUUUGAUCCUCAGAGUGCGGGGGGGUAGUCUGGCUCCUCCCUGCGCUCUCCUCCCUGCCCCCCCCCCCACCCCCCCUCGAACCCGGCUCCCGGGACGGGGAGAACAGAGGCUCACCGUGCAGCCCUUUUUCCCACAGCGCUCGUCCAGAAGACUCUUUUUUUUUUGGGCUGUGAGGAGGGCAGUGACUCAGAACUCUGACCAACUGACCGACUCCCUUUUAUCUUUCACCUCCUCCCUCCUUUUCGUCCGUCACCGUCGCCCUGUUUCUGGCUCGGCCGCGCAGGCGGCAGCGGGUUCUGAAAGGCGCCGUGGUCCUGACGCGAUCGCUCUGUGUGAGUAAGGGGAAACGAGGAGGCGACGGCUCCCGCGUUAGCGCCCCGCUGACGUUAGCGUCUUCAGAGCCGGGAGAGGGGCAGCGAGGCCAGGGAGGCCCAGACGGGAGGAGGAGAGGAACUGCGCAGGUUUCUGAGAGAGAGAGAGAGAGAGAGAGAGAGAAGCAAGGGAGCGAAGUAGAGAGAGGGAUAAAAAGUAUGGUGACGGUGACGGAUGGAGAGGAGAGCGAGGGGGGGAAGCCGGCGGCGCGGAAGUCGAAAGGUCGACGGGGACCGCUAUGGCGAGGGCCGGGCGACUCGCUCGGUCGCCGUGGUCACGCCGCCCUGCCAGCUUUCCCUCGCUUUAGCGUUUGAGUUCGUCUGACGGGCGUCGAAACGAAACCAGCAGAAUCCACACGCACAGACACGCGCAACCACACGGCCUUCGGCUCCUUCGCCCGCCCGCCCGCAGCCGACAGGGCCGCGACCUCUCACCCCUGACCCCGGCGCCCCGGACCAACUCCGAAGGGCGGAGCUGCAAGCAAGGAGAAGUCCGCAAGACAGACAGAAACCUCACAAACACUGCCUCUUUGCCUUGUUUUUUUAUAGCAUGUAAAAAUCAAAAUUUUAAAAAAAUCCAUUAAAAUACUGAAAUAUACGCAGACACUUAAACUAUACCUUUAUAUAUUAUAUAUAUUAUAUAUUAAAUAUGAAUAUAAGCGGAGAGAGAUUUUAAAACUAUAGCAUUUAAUAAAAUUAAUGAGAUUCAGGAUUUUUUGUAAACGACUUUUUUGGGGAGGAAGAGGAGUUUGUUCUCUUUCUCGCUGGGUGAAUUUUAGGGGGUUUGGGGUUGCAAAAGGGGUUGUGGGUAUUUUAUUUUUUUUAUUUUAUUUUAUUUACCAGAUAAUAUUUUACAGGGAAAGGAAAAUAAGAAAGACAAAAAACAUGAAAUCCUUCAAAAAAGUAAAAAUAAAAAAAAAAUUAAAAAUCAGCAGGUCGUACGGGCAGCAGUACCCACUUGGCUCUUUGGGUUCAGACUGACACCCCUGCCCCCAGUACGCCCCUCCCCUCCCCCCCGCUUCGCUGUGGGACAAACUGUCCUCAGUCCACCUCCUAUCAUAACUCCUUUGGGGCAGGGGGACAGGGGUAUAUUCGGAGCUAUAAAUAACUGGAAAUCCUAUAUUUUCUGAGCUGAAACCAGUUAAGAAACUUGUCUGUACUAAUUCUAACCCAACAACUGAAAGGAUUGGAUUAGGGUCCCUGUUUGAGGGACGGGGGACGGGGGGGUCAGACGGGCGGGGCGGUCUUGGCCGCAGAACGCACGAGGUCCGUAACGUGACUCUCCCGGGAAGCCCCUCCCCUUUUGCCCGCGGCGGCUGACCUCGCCGCGCUAAGCUGCUUUUCUGUGCGCGAGCUCCUGACGAAGCGCAGGUGCGCCCCCCGCGACCCCCCCCCCCCCCCCCCCCCCCCCCCCGUCUGGGGCCACCUGCCGAGCGCCUCGCACGGCACUGUGGGACGCACGCGCCCCAGAACCGAAUCAGGCCGUUCCGAGUGGACCUUUGUCUCGUGAAGCUCCAGCGGCCAACGGGACUGAAGGCGUUUUGUGUGACCAAGCCCCCGCCCCGCCUGCCCGGGUUCUGUAAUUUUAACUGACAGCUGCCUUACUACUCGUCAUAUCUUUUAAACACACCUGGUUUUAUCACCUGUGCCGGUCGUCACUCUACGCAUAGCUCUGGUCGCUAAGUCAGUCUGACCCAACGUUAUCACCGUGAACCGUGGUGGAACUAUUUCUGGGUUACACCCCGUACCUGGACAUACUAAUUUGACAAAAUCACGUCCUGGAGGGUGUCGCGUCAAAUAGCUUCCCUCCUCCCCAGCAGUCAUGUACUGGUUGUACAGUAGAAGAGGUGACAGAGACAUAGCACAGGCGAUACACCCAUAAAUUACAUUUCUUUAGCAAAUUGAUUUUUUCCCUUUGUACUUUUCCUUCUGAUAAUGUCAAUAUUGCUGUUUAUUAUUAUAGUUAUUAUUGUUAUUGUUGAAUUAUUGACCCUCUCUCCCACUCCCACCCCCCUCCAAAAUCUCUUCUAGCUCAGUUAACGCUUUCCGUUGUGUACAUCACUUUCGAUGAUUCGUUUCUUUCCCCAACACUUUUUCUGUGUUCUUUCCUUUUCAAGAACCUUCCUAACCUUUAGUGUAACGUUUUUUUAAAUCUGUAUGAUAACAGACAGUGUAAUUGUAAUUUGGUUGGCCGCUGUUUUAAUGGACGAAUAGCAGUGGAGGGUCGGGAGUUACACUGGGGAGGCGGGCAAUUUUGUUUUGUGGGGGGAGGGGCUAUGAUUUUUUCUUGUUAUGUAUUGUAAUUUUUAUUUUAUAAUGUUACUUUUCUCUUUUUUCUCUUGUAUAUUUUUUCCAUUUUGGGGAUUAUAUCAUUUAAAAGAAAAGACAUGUAUUGUUUUUCUGUGUAAAGGUGUCCCCCUCCCUCUCCCACCUCCCUCUCAACGAUUAUAUAACACUCAAACGGAGGGAUGAGAUUUAAUACCAUGAUGUAACAUUGAACUUCUCUUCUUUGAUUCUCUUUUGUGUUUUUCCAACUUGUAAUUAAACUGUAAUCAGGGUUAAUUAAAAUUGGUUAAAAACCAACACGAUAA